GGACUUGUUUUAAUUAUAUAUAUAUAUGCGUGCAGGAAGCUGUGAAGGGAGAAUUUUGGCGUCUGCGUGAUGGUCAAGGGAAGCCGCCGGGUGUGAUGGGAUGGUGGCCUUCAAGAUCAGUCACGUUUGUGGACAAUCAUGAUACUGGCUCCACUCAGGAGUUAUUAGGCAAGCACUGUGUUAACAAUUCAAAGCUUUCUGAUGUCACAUUCUUGGUUGAAGGAAAAAGAUUCUAUGCUCAUCGAGUUUGUUUAGUCAAGUCAGAUAUAUUUCGAGCAAGGUUUGAUGGUGGUUAUAGGGAAAGGGAAGCCGAAGAUAUAGUGGUUCCAGACAUCAAAUGGAAUGUAUUUGAAUUGAUGAAGAGGUGCAAUUUCAACAAUCCAUAUUUGAUGCAAUUUUAUUCUACAAUGAUGUGCUAGUAGAUGCUAACAUUCUCAAACUCUAAAUUGAUCUUUUUAUUGGCGCUUUUGAGUAAUUUUUAAUUUAAAACAGACAAAAAAUGGAAAAUACACAAUGACAUUGUAUAGAUGUGUUGAAUGCUAGAAUUCGAGAUUUGAUUCUGUCUUUUGUUGAAGGAUAAUGUUGCCUUAGUUAGUUAAACUAAUUUAUGGAAGAUUAUCAUAUAGUUAUGAUCCUAGGAUAAUGUUACCUUAGCUAGUGUAAUAUUAUCUUGCUUUUGGUUGAACUGAUUUUGGUUUGAUUUAUACUAAGAAUUUCGUGCUGGGAUAUCUUUGUUUUGUACUUGAAAUUUUGUAAAUCCACUACCAAGAAUCAUACUCUAUCAAUGUAUUAAUAUUUCAAUUAUUUACUUAUAUUUGUAUA